AUGAUGAGCGUGAGUUGUCUAAACCUUGUGAAACUGCCGCAACCGAUCAUCAUACUCAUGAUGCUGCACUUGCAGGCUGAGUUGUUCAUGAUAGGGUCAUGUUGGAGAAUGGGAGAUACCAACGCUAGUUGCCUACACAAGGAAAGACGAGCUCUUCUCAGCAUGAAGAAUGCCUUUGUGGAUGAUUAUGGUCGUCUGUCUUCAUGGGGCUCUUCUCCAGAUUGUUGCCGUUGGAGUGGUGUUCUCUGUAAUCCUCGUACUGGCCAUGUUGAGAAGCUUGAUCUUUAUGGUGGGUGGCCCUCGCAGCCUUUAAGAGGUAAGAUUAGCCCAUCAUUGAUGCACUUGCAAAACUUAAACUAUUUGAAUCUCAGUUCCAAUUAUUUCAAUCAGAGUCAAAUUCCAAAAUUUUUUGGUUCUCUCACCAAAUUACGAUACCUUGAUCUAUCUCGUUCUUCUUUUGGUGAAAAAAUACCAAUUGAACUUUGCAAGCUUUCAAACUUGUUGGUUCUAGAUCUUUCCUCCAACUCUUUAGUUGGUAGUAUACCUUUCAAUCUUGCGAACCUUUCAAGUCUGCAAGAGCUCUAUCUAAAUGGGAAUGAUUUAGUGGGAAACAUUCCUAGCCAACUUGGUAAUCUUUCAAGCUUGGAGAUACUCCGGAUUGGCUACAAUGAUGGUUUGAAAAUUGAUGACAAGAGUUUGGUUGCCAUUGAGUGGCUUUCCAAUCUUCGGUCAUUAACUUUGCUUGAUUUAAGCUAUGUUUCCAAUCUUAAUUACUCUGACAACUUGUUGCCAAUUAUUGGAAAGCUUCCAAACCUGAGAGAGCUAUGGCUUGCAAAUUGUAGCCUGACAGACAAUAAUAUUCUGUGA